AUGCCAGUCGAUACCACGGAAACCAUCUUUCUGGCAAACACAAUCCCCAAAAUCAGGGAACUCACUCCCGGUUUUGGUGCCGAGGUCCAUGGUCUCAACUUUGAUGAUGGUGCUACCGAAGACGGGUAUUGCUUGAUCCAGGAGUUGGUGAAGAAGUACGGUGUUGUCGUCAUCCGCAAGACCAACCUGAAUGACGAGUCACACAUCCAACUGGCUCGCAAGUUCGGAGAGCUGGAUGACGUCAGGCCUUACAAGAAGGCAGGCAGGAAGAACCGUCUCAAGUAUGAUGAGCUGUUCGACGUCAGCAACAUCGACACGGACGGCACUAUCAUCGACCGCGACAGCCCCCGAGCCCAAGCCAACAAGGGCAACAGUCUCUUCCACGUCGACUCCAGCUUCAAUCCGCGUCGGGCCGGCUACUCUCUCCUCCUGGCUCAUGAACUGCCUCGCGCCGGUACCGGCGGCAGCACCGAGUUCUGCGACACCAGAGCCGCGUGGGACGACCUUGAUCAGCAGAUCAAGACGGAGAUUCUUGAAAAGGACUACGUCGCUUGCCACUCCAUGCUGCAUUCCAGAAAGUUGGCUGCGCCCGAUUUCUUCGCCGAGAUCGAGCCCGAGAACUACCCCAUGGGCCGACACAAGCUAGUGCAGAAGCAUGAGAGGUCCGGCCGUAUGAACCUGUACCUUGCCAUGCACAUCCACCAUAUUGAAGGCCUGGAGCCCGAGCAAUCAAGGGCUCUCUUUGAUCGUCUCAUCACCCACGCCACCAAUGAAAAGUACCGUGCCAUGGUCGAGUGGCACAAUGUUGGAGAUCUUGUUGUCUGGGACAACACUUGCACGAUGCACAGGGCCGUUGGGGGCGAUUUCGCAUACAAGGAUAGUGUUGGUGAGCCCAAAAGGCCACCCUGUGUGUCUUGCAAUGUCGCUGGAAGUGAAUGUGUGCUCGUCAAGUCCAAAAGAGGGGGCAACUUCCGGUCAAAUCGACGAAGGAAAGAGACGGUAGCAUCUGCAGUAGCUCCUACGAAUGAAGCCCCUGGGGCGAUUUCUACGUCAUCAACCAGAGGGAUUGACGACGGUGCUCCGUCAGAAGACCUCUCAGAGGGAGCCGACGGCGAACACGGGGAGCAAAUGAUUGACGAAAGUCUACACAUGAAGCUCACAAACCCAUCUGAUGCGCUUCACAUUCUGGCACUCUCCGGCGAGACUUCGUCAUCGCUUCCGGUUGGUAGCAUGACUCCUGCGAACAGGACGCAGCAUCCGGAUGAGCGAGACUCAUCGACAACGGUUCUUGACGAUUACGAAUUGGUUCAGAGAGGACUUCUGCACCCCAGCGUUUUACCUGAGCUCCUUCACAUAUAUGCCCAUGACUACCACCCUUUCUGUCCCAUUGUUCCUUCUUACUUGCUCGGAGAGUCGGCUAUGCAUAUGACACAGAGAUCCGAUUACUUUCUGCUUACCGUUAUGCUCACCAUUGCAUCGAGGGAUUCUCCAAGUCACUCGCUUGCACACCGGUACUGCUGGGAUCAUACUCAACGCCUUUUACUCGAAAUACUUCUCGCAUAUCCUUGGGCCCAGACUCCACGGACCGUUGAGGGCCUGUUACUCUUGUCCGAAUGGCUGCCUCACACCCAGAUCAAACAGACGACUUCAGAAGCACCAAAGAAUCUCUUCAGCGAGGACAUGACCGCCUGGUCUCUCAUCGGCCUGGCCGUGCGACAAGGGUACUCCCUACGCCUCGACAGAGCGGCGUUCCGAGGCUCUGGUGACGGUGGAUCCAACGAGCAAGAGGAGCAGAAGCGGCUCAUCUGGAUAUUCGUCUUUCUUGCAGAUCGGCAAAUAUCCGCCCGCUUGGGCCAAUCAUUCUGGUCUCGCGGGCCUUCACUAUCCUCGCAGUUCACCGCCAAAGACUUCCCCAGCCUCAGACCCGGCGGCCGCAGCGGCAGGGACGACGAAGAAGACUACGCAUCCGCCCUCCACGCCACCAUCGACCUGACCCAGAUCCUGCACAACGCCCACGCCACGCUCUACUCCUCCCCAAGCCGCACCCUCGCAAUGAUCCACGACGGCGACUAUGCGCGCUACCUCGACGACCUCCUCCGCGCAACCGACACCUGGCACUCGACAUGGGCCACCAUGCACGCAUCCCACAAGGUCAAGAGCACGAUACUCCUGACGUACGAAUACAUCCGUCUCUACAUCACCGCCUUCUCCUUCCAAGCUGUGCUCACGCGCUCCUCGUCCGCUCCGCGCCGCGACGCACCGCACCCCGACCACCGCCCGCUGGCAACCCUCUUCUCCCGCGGCAUCGCUGCGUCGCCCGACGGCCGCUACAUCUCCGACGCCAUCGGCUCCGCUAUCGGCCUGCUGCGCCUGUUUACCGGCCUCGACCCGCACGCCAUCAUACGCUUCCUGCCAUCCCGCUACUACUUGUACGGCGUGUACGCCGCCGUCAUCCUCCACAAAGCCCACUGCUUGGGCGCCUUCCAGCACGCCUCCCUGCGCGACGAGGUCGCCGAUUUGGCCACGCGCUUCGUCAGCGUCAUGCAGCAUGCGGCAGCAGGCAUCGAUGCACACAUUGCUCGCGGCUAUAGUCGCGUGCUGGGGAAACUGUGGUGCGAGCGGCGAGCGUCGUCGCCGCAGGGCGGCGGCACGCGUGAUGUUACGGAGGGCCAGGGGUAUGAUGCGUCGAGGGGGGGUGGUGGGGAUGAGGUGCAGGCGUCGGAGCCAAUGAUGCGGCAGGGGGGAAACCAGGGAGGUCUCGAUGAUGGCGAUGCUGGGGCGGGAGACUGGGAGGUCGGGUUUGAUGCGACGGGGCUACGUGACGACGAUUUUGUGGCCGUAGAGGAGGCGCUGUUUGGAGCGUUCUUUCCUGGGAUUACGGUUGUUGGGCAGCAGGAUGGGAGUGGCGGUAUUGUGGGAAGCGGCGGGGGGCUUAUGGAUGGGUGGUUUCUGUGA